AUGAACCAAGACGUUUCUGUAUCAUCAUCGUCUUCCGAUGCUACUAACAACAAUACCUCCACAACACUUCCAUCAUCAACUCAAUUGGAACUGAUUGAUGGAAAAUAUUAUCCAAGUGGUACUCAUCACAACAUUUCGAACAUUAAGAGCAUUCCAAGCGGUUAUCAAUGCAUCAACGAAGGAACAGCCACUGUACUCUAUGCCAAUGAUACCGAAGCGUUCUAUAACAAGGUUCAGGUAUUCAAUAGAGAUGUUUCCACGUUGGUGAUUAAAAUGUUCAAUGAAACAAGAAAAGAGGAAAAAUUAAAGCCUUCUAGUAGAAGAAGAAAAAAGAAUGAAGAUGAAAUGGAUACAUCUUCCGACAAUUUAAAGACAUAUGAAGGAUUGAAAAUUUUAGAAGCCUUAUCUGCAACUGGUUUGAGAUCCAUUCGAUAUUGGCACGAAAUUCCAGAUGUAAAACAAAUUAUUGCCAAUGACCUGCUACCGGAAGCAGUGCAAGUCAUCAAGAGAAAUGUUGAGUUUAAUGAUAUUUCUGAAAAUUGUGUUACAGCCAAUCAAGGCGACGCGAUUGCAUAUAUGGCAUCCAAUUCUGGAAAAGCCUUUGAUGUUGUUGACUUGGACCCAUAUGGAUCGGCUGCACCAUUUAUUGAUGGCGCUGUUCAAUGUGUGGAUGGAAACGGUGGACUAUUGUGUAUUACUUGUACUGACAUGGCGGUAUUAUGUGGUCAACAACCAGGAACAUGUUUUGCAAAAUAUGGUUCUUACCCACAAAAAUUGAAAGCAUGUCAUGAACAAGGUUUGAGAAUGUUAAUUUCAUCCGUUCAAAAUAGUGCGUCUAGAUAUAAGAGAUACGUAGUACCUGUUCUCUCAUUGAGUGUUGAUUUUUAUGUUCGAGUAUUUUUGAGAGUUUAUUCUUCAUCAGAAAAAGUGAAGAAUAUUUAUAAGGAAAUGGGAAAUGUUUUUGUUUGCUCUGGUUGUGAAGCAUUUUAUACAGAGACUUUUGGUGGACGAUCAAGUGCCAAUAGUAAACAAUUCCAUGAACAUGGCACGAGAGCAGAAACAAUUCCAAAGGAACAAUGUCCUGAGUGUGGAUGGAGACUUAAAUUAUCAGGUCCGAUGUGGCUAGGUCCAUUACAUGAUUCCGAGUUCAUUACCAAGUGCUUGGAUCAUGUUCAAAAGAAUACUCAGUUAUUUAGUACUCAUAAGAGAAUUAUUGGAUUGUUAACAGUGGCCAAGUCCGAAUUACCAGACGCUCCACUCUAUCAUGCUGUCGAUCAUAUUUCAAGUGUUUUGAAGUGUAUGAACCCUCCAAUGACAUCGGUCAAAUCUGCCUUAAUUAAUGCAGGAUUUAGAGUUUCUCAAUCACAUGCCAAACCCAAUGCUCUCAAAACAGAUGCUCCCAUUAGUUUUAUUUAUGAUGUCAUGAAAGAAUGGAUCAAAACAAAUCCAGUGAAACCACAUAAGGAAGACGCUAAAAAGACUCCAGGUCAAGUUAUUCUAGAAAAGCCACAACAACAUACCAUCAAUUUUAGUGUCAAUGAAAAAGCGCUCACUACAAGAAAAUACACUGGUAUUGCUACCUUUUUACCCAACCCAGAGGAGAAUUGGGGCCCAGGAAAAAGAAAUACCAUUCAUCAAUCGGUAAAAUCAUCAUCAACCGCCUCAGUGACAUCAUCUUCGGAUCAAACGGAUCAGCCUCCUACUGACACCCAACCUCAAACAAAGAAACCAAAAUUUGAUUAA